GCCCCCUCUCCUUUUUCUCCCUGUUGGGAAUUUGCCGACGCGCCCUCGCUCACGCCGGCUCGGCCGGAAGCGGCGCUCCCCCCCCCCCCCCGUGCGGCGGAGCCUUUUGGCGACGGGACCCGCUCCCGGCACGGCCCCUGCCCGGUGCCGGCGGGAAACAUGUCCGCGGGCCGCCCGUUCCUGGCCUGCGCCUGCUUCUUCUCGGACAACAUCUUCGUAGGGCGCUACGGGCUGCACGUCCGGUACCGGGACGAGGGGCAGCUCCGCCGCGACCACGGACGGGCGCUGCGGGAGCGGGGCUGCAGGGGCGAGGAGGAUUUCAGAGCCGCGCUGCGGGAGGUGAGCGCGGCUUCGCCAAUUGAGGCAGAAGUUCAGAGAAGAAAGCAGUUAAUUCAUCAGUCAGUGGAACGCAAAGCCAUCAUCUCAAAGUGCUACAAACGAAAACACCCAGAAGUUUACAUUCUGCAGGAUUCAUUCCUGGCCCCAGAUUUUCUAGAAAUCGUGUCAUACUGCACGUCGCCAGAUGCUCAUCUCCAUGGCCUCCUGCGCUACAUCAAGUCCUUCUCAGAUAAGAGGAUCUAUCGAUUCCCAGUGUUCACAGAGGAGUUUUGCCAAGCCUUUGUGGAUGAGCUGGAGAACUUUGAGCAGUCGGAUAUGCCUAAAGGCAGGCCCAACACUAUGAAUAACUAUGGGGUUUUGCUAAAUGAGCUUGGGAUGGAUGAAACUUUCAUCACACCCCUGCGUGAAAAAUACCUGCAGCCUAUAACGGCACUGCUUUAUCCUGAUGUGGGAGGUGCUUGCCUGGACAGCCAUAAAGCAUUUGUGGUCAAGUACUCGCUCCACGAAGAUCUGGAUUUGAGCUCUCACUAUGACAAUGCAGAAGUCACCUUAAACGUUUCACUGGGAAAGGACUUCACAGAAGGCAGCUUGUACUUUGGGGAUUUCAGCCAGGAACCUACCCCUGUGCCAAAGUACAUAGAGAUCGAACAUGUGGUUGCCCAGGGGCUGUUACACCGAGGAGGGCAGAUCCACGGGGCGCUUCCCAUUGCCUCUGGGGAGCGCUGGAACCUCAUUAUUUGGAUGAGAUCAUCUGCCAUCCGCAACCGGCUCUGCCCCAUGUGCAACAAGAAACCUGAGCUGGUGGAAGCAGAGGGGUUUGGAGAUGGGUUCACAGAAACCCUGGACGAUGAUGUGCCCGAGACUGUGAAUCUCUGUUCCUUGUGGUAGCAGACAGUAGAGCCUGAUUUCUCCAGACCAAGUUGCCUAAAGCUCCUUUCUGACCUCUCAGACUGCACUAACAGACUCUUUGAUGGAUGCACGAGUCACGUAAGAAGUAGCUAACAUCUUGGAAAGUGAUGUAAAACCAAUCCUGAGGGGGUUAGGGAAGCCAGCUGCUUGGACAGCUGGAGAAGCUGGUACUCAGCUUGCCAGGGUUCACGCUCGGGCUGGAGAGCAGGAGGACCGCUUGGAAGCCGUCGAAGGCCAUAACAUUUUGAUACACUGCAAAGGCUCUGUAAAUAUUUUCAGGUGUACGGGGAAAACACCCAAAGCUGCUUGGCCUUUGUGAAGACCUUUGUGCCAACAGCAGCAUCACAGGUCCUGCUGUAAACGGACAAGAAUGGUACAGUAAAGCCCUGCACUUAUCACUGCUCUGCUAUUCACAGGGACUCCUGUCCUCUUCCAGGGGAAGAGCUUUUUGUUGCUGGGUGACAGUGAAGGAUCUGCUCAAAAGUGAGAUACAGGUGAUUCACCGCAGGCUGCUAAGAAUGACAUGGAAUUAUCAUCACCGGAGGUUUACCUAACCCAGGCUCAGAAAAAUCCAUCAGGAGCAGUACAGGGAGAGCUGGUCCCAUAGGGUAAGCUGAGAGGAUCUCUCAAGGCCUCCAUGAGCUCUCCUGAGCAGAAAUUUCCCUUUCAAAGAUUCUGUGAACCUUACUAAGCAAACAGAAACGGGCUUUAGCGACAAAGCGCUGGGAGCCACCUGCAACAUAGCAAAACUUUCCAGAGGAAGGCAAGAGCGUACCUUUAACUCCCUUCCUUUAGUUACAUGAACAAGUGAAAAUAUAAAAUAACCAUCUCAACCUGAGUGCAGCAGGCAGGCCUGGGGCUUCUUAAUUUGUUGCCAAGAUCCCCUGGCAGCUGGCGUGUUACGAGGGUCGAGUGCUUUCCCCGUCUUAACUGCUGGCUGGCUGAAACCACGAACUCUCCCAUCUACAAAACCAAUUAAAGAAGCCAGAUAUCUUUUGAUUUGGUGGCUGCGUUUGGCUCUGUGGAAGAUUAAUUGUAUGUAUUUGAAUCACACAUAGGUAACUGCAUUUAUAAGGGGCUUUUUGAUUCAUUUGUUGAACUGCAAUAAUUACACCGUGUGGACUUUGCAUAAUUGUGAAAGGCUGAACGUGAGCCAGUAGGGCUCGCACAAAGGGUGCUGAUUUAAGCCUUCCCAGCAGAUCCGCUCUAUUUUUGGCUGGGGAUGCCAUUAGCACACAGCACCAAUUAGCUUUUCAUUAGCAAAACCCAUUAAAAUUGCAUCUCGGGAAGGAAA